CCUUUUCGAGGACUUCGCCAAGGUAAUUGGCACUUUCCCCUCGAACGCCACCGUCGCUACCAGAAUUACAUUCCCGUUCCUCACCACCAUCUCCCCCCUCUUCCUCUCAUGUCGCCCUGACUCGGCACUACGAUACGCCUAGGAACAUCAUUGGCGCUCGCUCUAACAGAGUCUAGAGAAAGCCAUUGGGGAGGCGGACGACAAGUGUCGUUCGAUUUCGAUGAAUGGACAAUUUCCCCCUCCUCGGCCUCAACAAGGCCUCGCAAAAUCAAUGGCACGUCAAGGCUCGUCGUCCUCUCCGAGUCGGCAUCAACAGUCCAGCGAGGGGAUCAACACUCCCUCGGCACCCUUUUCUUCAGGCUAUGAAUCUGCUUCCUAUGUUCCUUCGGCUCAGGGCGUGCCGCCGCCAACCCUUCAGCCGCAGCAGCAUGCACAACAGCAGUCUCAGCCUCCAAUGAUGCAUUAUUCCAGGCCACAGGCAUACAUGCAGGGCGCAUACACGCCUUUUCCUCCAGCCAUGGUCAGGUAUACAAGCGUAACCUCCCCAGCUCCAACCGGCGACUACACGUACACCACUUUACCUGAGGGUGUGCCGACCGACUACCAACCAUCUCCUGAAAAUCAGGCUCAGGCCAGACAAUCUGUGUCCCUAGAUCCCGCUGCCAGCCAGCAUGCCGGCUUCUAUGGUCCACCCUACGUUUCCCAACCUGCAUCCUUUGGACAGACAACAUUUUACCAGGCUACAUCUCCUGUUGUGCCACAAACUCAAUACGGUCCAGCAAUGAGCUACAGACCGGCUCCAUACGGGUCGGGUUACGCCAUGGCGCCCGGCCACUAUCCCUAUGGCCAUUAUGGAUCAGCGCUGCCAACCCAAAAUUACGCCGGUCAAGCCUGGUCUCCUAUCCAACAACACCAAACGCAAUCACUGCAAACUGUUCAACAAUCUCAGCAACGGCAACAACAGCAUAUUCCGCACCAUCAUCAACAGCACCAAUUACAGUCACAGCAACAACAAGGCUGGCAGACUCCAUUUUCUGGAACUCAUGCGCCAGGGCAGGCGAGGCCGCCGUCACCGACCACGGUACGUCAAGGGUCCACAACGGCAAUUUCGGCCCCAGAGUCCCAAACUCGAUCUCAGACGUCUGGUCUUGCAACUGCAUCGUCGGUAACACUUCCGGAAUCGGCGUCUAACCUCAAUCAACCUAUACAAUCUUCUGGCGCUCAAAGCGGUGUGAAGAAUAGACAACAGCGAUCAUCUCAUGUUCUUUGGUGCGGAAAUGUACCUGCCGACGCCACCGUCCCCGAACUGUGGGAGUUCUUCGCUCAACUGCCGCCGGACGAAGAGGAGCAGACUAGAGACCAAGAAAAAAUUGACCAAGGAGGAGAGUCGAGACCGAGCCACGGCAUUCUCUCCAUCUUCAUCAUUGCUCGAUCCAAUUGCGCCUUUGUCAACUAUGCCACACAGCGUCACCUUGAUCGCGCGGUCACGCACUUCUCCAACAAAUCGCCUCGACCUUACGAUCCCCGAUGCCCCAAGCUCGUUUGCCGCAUUCGUAAGAAGGAGGACGAGGCACAAGCAGGUGUUGCAGGUCAGCGCGGUAAAGGCAUUCAUGUGGCUUACGCAAAGGAACACGAACGAAAGCUGCGAGCACAAAGACAGGUUGCCGCCUCGCCAGACCCUUUGAGGCAAGACGAUAUGCCCUUAGCUGCUCCACAAGCACAACGUGCUAUUAGUGCUUAUCAAAAUCUCGCGGUGUCGUCUCCGGCAACAUCUGGCUCACCAGCUGGCAAUGUGACACCCAAACCAGCUGUCCAACUAGCGCAAGUACCCGUGCCGCAAGCCUCUGCCGACCAGCAAAGCUCUGCAGUACUGUCAAGUGCUGAGCGCAGAGACUCCAUGGCGCCGUCCAACGUCUCUGCUGAGGGCUCAAGUGGCUCAGUCUCAUUUUCGUCGACUAAUUCGUCAUUGUUUCGACAUGAGGCAUUUCGAGAGCGCUUUUUCAUCCUCAAGAGCCUCCGUGUCGAAGACCUGGAUCGAUCGGUGCAGACGGGGACCUGGGCGACGCAGCCUCACAAUGAGGCGGUGUUGGAUCAAGCUUUUCGCAAUAGCGUCACGGUCUACCUGAUCUUUAGCGCUAAUCAGAGCGGCGGCUUCUUUGGCUAUGCCCGCAUGAUGGGCUCUAUCGGGGCCGCGAAACCAGUAGUCACCUCCAUCUCGGAAGGCGAUGUCAAGCUGAGCCCGGCUGCUUCGACUGGUCGGGUUCCUUCCACGAUCCUCGAGGGUGAUGAAGAGGUUGCGAGCUACCCUUUGCUUCAAGGCAACCCUGCAGAAGCAACAAGUCAACAACCUAAUCUCAUCCUUCCCGACGAUUCCUUGCACGACAAACCGACACUUUCGCCGCAGCAACUUACACCACUCAGCGAGGAAACUCCACCACCGCCACCACCGCCGCCGCAAGCGACGACGUCCUCGACAAGGACAAGUAGCGACGAUGCCACUAAGCAGGCCAUUGCAAACGAAGAUGUUUCUACGUGGCCGGAACGAGUCGGUGGUGGAGAAGGUGAAGGAGAGCAGUACGACAUGGUCACCAAUCACUCAUGGCCGGUGUCAACGUAUGCGGAACGCGAACGGGAGGCGAUAGCUUCUCGACGAAAGACCUUGUCCCCGAACUAUGUCUUUGCGAAACCGCCUCCUAACCCUUCCACCUCGAAUAUUCCUGCACUCACCACCACCCAGCCUGACGAUGUGAAUCUUGGCGUCCGUCAGGGCGAAGUGGGCGGGGCAGCGGCUUCCGGUAUGUCUUUGGAGGUCGACGAGGAUGGUGUACGCCGUAAGGACAUGGUCGGCGACCACAUGUCUCUGAGCAGCAAGAGCAGCGAACAGAGCGUUCAAACGAUGGCCAACAGCGAUGCCAGCAGCAGCCUGGGUCCCUCAGACUCCAUCUCUGUCCGGGCCGCCGAUGCCAGGGCACACAAUCAGCUGGCGAUUACCGCCCUUAUUCAUAAUCUCCGGCUCGAUGAGCGAGAAUCCGCCCUUCGUGUCCAGCAGCUUGAAGCCGGCGUUACUAGUCCGAGCGAUGAGGUGGGCGAUGCGACUUCGCUGACGCCGCGGGGGCGACUCUCGAUUGACGACUCACUGGGUCGAUCUUUUGCGAUUCAAUGGAUCAAAACGACACCAUUGCCUUUUGCCAUGGUACGCAAACUCCGGAAUCCGUGGAGAGAUAACCGUCAAGUCAAAGUCUCGCGCGACGGCACCGAGCUUGAACCCAAUGUGGGCAGGCAACUGCUGGCCGAAUGGGAAAAGGUUGAAAGCAAGUCAAGCAAGGUAAUUGGAGAUGAAGACGAGGACGAGGACGAGGACUAAGCACUUUGCUGCUUGGCGUCUUGUGUCCUGAGAAGCUGUUCUCCCUGCCGCAACGAGUACUUUGACGAGGCCGUCACAGGCUCGCAUGAACACGGAGGAGAAUGAAACAACAAAAGUAAGGACGGAC